UGGCUGGCCGACAUGUGCUCGGCUGCUGGGCUCGCUCUGCUGUCCAGGGCCCUCUGCAGACCCGUCGGAUGGGCUUCUCUGCACAGGAGUCUGACGCUGAGUGCGGGCCGGAGAACUCCAGAGUUGAGCAGUUUUACCGCUCGGACCAACACGUGUGGAGAGCUACGCUCUUCUCACUUGGGCCAAGACGUCACCGUGUGUGGGUGGAUUCAGCACCGAAGACAAAACCUCUUCCUGGUCCUGAGAGAUUCCUAUGGGCUGGUACAAGUUGUCAUUCCCCAGGAUGAGUCGGCUGCCUCGGUGAAGAAGGUUUUAUGUGAAGCCCCCGUGGAAUCCGUGGUGCGGGUGUCUGGGACAGUCAUUCCCCGGCCUCCAGGACAAGAGAACCCAAAAAUGCCAACAGGUGAGAUUGAAAUCAAAGUGAAAACAGCUGAAAUUCUGAACUCCUGCAAGAAGCUGCCCUUCGAAAUUAAGGACUUUGUGAAGAAGACGGAAGCGCUUCGUCUGCGGUAUCGCUACCUGGACCUGCGCAGCUCGCAGAUGCAGCACAACCUGCGCCUGAGGUCGCGGAUGGUCAUGAAGAUGCGAGAGUACCUGUGUAACAUGCAUGGAUUUGUAGAUAUAGAAACUCCAACGUUGUUCAAGAGGACCCCGGGGGGUGCCAAAGAAUUUUUAGUGCCAUCCAGGGAACCCGGAAGGUUUUAUUCCCUGCCUCAGAGUCCCCAGCAGUUCAAGCAGCUUCUGAUGAUCGGCGGUUUUGACAGGUAUUUCCAAGUUGCUCGAUGUUACCGAGAUGAAGGUUCAAGACCAGACAGACAGCCUGAGUUUACUCAGAUUGACAUAGAGAUGUCCUUUGUGGAGCAGGCCGGGAUCCAGCGUUUAGUCGAAGGCUUGCUGCAGUACUGCUGGCCCAGCGGCGGGGCUGCGCUGGCGGCCCCCUUCCCCUGCAUGUCUUACGCCGAGGCUUUGGCCACGUAUGGAACUGACAAACCUGACACUCGCUUUGGGAUGAAGAUUAUAGAUAUCAGCAGUGUGUUCAGAAGCACAGAGGUUCGAUUCCUUCAAGAUGCGCUGAAUAAGCCCCAAGGAACUGUCCAGGCCAUACGUGUCCCUGAAGGAGCAAAAUACUUAAAAAGAAAAGACAUUGAGUCCAUUAGGAAAUUGGCAGCUGACCACUUUAAUCAGGAAGUCUUACCUGUAUUCCUGAAAGCCAGUACAAGCUGGAAUUCUCCAGUAGCCCAACUUAUAAUGGAGGAACAAAGAUUGGAAUUAAUGAGACUAAUGGAGGUCCGGGAGGAAGAUGUGAUCUUCCUAACUGCUGGAGAACAUAAGAAAUCGUGCUCUGUGCUGGGCAGACUGCGGCUGGCGUGUGCUGACCUGCUAGAAGCGAGAGGCGUGGCGCUGCGCGACCCGGCUCUGUUCUCUUUCCUUUGGGUGGUGGAUUUCCCACUCUUCCUUCCCAAGGAGGAAAAUCCCAGAGAGCUGGAAUCGGCCCAUCAUCCGUUCACUGCCCCCCACCCCGACGACAUCCACCUCCUCUACACUGAGCCCGAAAAGGUGCGCAGCCAGCACUAUGACUUGGUUCUAAACGGCAGUGAGGUGGGCGGUGGCUCUAUCCGGAUUCACGACGCGGAGCUGCAGCGGUACAUCCUGGCAACGCUGCUGAAGGAAGAUGUGAAAUUGCUGUCCCAUCUACUCCAGGCUUUAGAGUACGGUGCACCCCCUCAUGGAGGAAUUGCCCUAGGUCUAGAUAGGCUCACGUGCCUUGUCACCGGAGCUGCAAGCAUCAGAGACGUCAUAGCCUUCCCCAAGUCCUUCCGGGGAUAUGACCUCAUGAGCGGGGCCCCGGACUGUGUCCCAGCUGAGGAACUGAAGCCCUAUCAUGUCCAAGUCUCGUGGCCAGCAGACUCGGACGAGAGCUCAGCCAGCCAGCCACAGCACCAGGAAAGCUGAGCGUUUGCACUUGGUCCUCUUUGCUUCUCCCAAGACUGAGAUUCCACGCAGAGGGCUGGCGCGAGCGGCCGUCCGCUGA